GACCCUUAUCAUAUAAACCAAAAAUAAAAAUAAAAAAAAAAAACAGAUAAAUAUAAACCUGAUCGCGUCCGCCAUUUUCUACUCUCUACUCUUGCAACAACGGACAUGGAUAGUCGUCCCUCUGAAACUCAAGGCACAGCCCAGGCAAACAAUCCUUAUGUCCAUUAUUCGCCUGUUCCGGCCACAUCGAAUUCUUCUACCAAGCAACCGAUGGCAAAUAUGGUUGAGGCAUUGUGCCACUGCGGUAAAAGGGUUGAAGUUGCCACCAAAAGAGCAGAGGCCAAGGCGGACAAUGUCUGGAACCACCUGAGAACGUGCCCGAGUUUCACAGAAGCAAUGAUGGCAAGGCUAAGUACCGGAACAAAGGUGCUUGCUGCCGGAGGAGAAGAAAAAGUGUUUCAGCAGACAUUUGAAAGAGUGACAGGAGAAAAGCUCUUACAUUCAUAUGCUUGCCAUCUAUCAACUUCUCAUGGACCUGUGAUUGGGAUGAUGUACAUCUCCGAUAAACGAAUAGCCUUCUGCAGCGAUUUCUCUUACUAUUUGUGCCCAGGAAAUCCAACUCUCAUGCAUUACAAGGUGGUGGUGCCGCUUGAUCAGCUAAGAACAGUAAAUCCUUCAGCAAACAGAUGGAACCCUUCGGAAAAAUAUAUACAGAUUGUCACAAGGGAUGGUCAUGAAUUCUGGUUCAUGGGGUUCAUAUCCUAUGACAAAGCCCUCAGGAAUCUAAGCCAAGCUCCAGAGCUAUCUCAGAAUAACUGAAGGAACGGUUGUUUGGUAUCCAUCCUGGAUCCAAUUUUUUUGUUUAUGAAACUAAUGAGUAUGAAGUAAUUUAGCUAUAUUAGUUGGAUCCAAAAGGAUACUAACUCGAGUUAUUUCAAACAGAUUGCAGUGUAAAACCGUAACACCCCUGUUAAAGUUUAAGUACACAUUCCCAUAA